CAUCAAAAUGAUAGGGAGAGAAAAAAUAAGGUAACCUUGUGCUAUUCCUCUCCCAAAUUAGAUAAUGUUACACAUACGGUAGUCCGACAUAGACUUCCGGUCAAGAAGAAAAUCAGAAAAUACUCCCAGUACGGAUGGGGCGUGGCAUGUCUCAUCGCCCUUCUUGCAGUUUUCAUCGAUAUUCUAGUAGAGCUGUCCCAUAGCGAGUGGGCUCACGAAAAUAUAAUUUCGCCCGAGUUUGCAUACGAUGGCAACUGGAUGAGGACCAAUAAAGCGAUGUACGUCUACUUCUAUGGACCUCUGUUGUCACUGAACGCACUCAACGCGGUGUUUUUCGUGCAAACACUGAGAACCAUAGUUCGGGUAAAGAAGGACAACAACAAUGUAUUCAACAAGAGUGAGUGCAGUCGCCGACACCACCAAGCCGAUAUGAAGUGGUUGAGCGUGUUCGCGAAACUGUACGUACUGAUGGGCAUCACAUGGAUCUUGGACAUUGUGGCGUUCGAGUUGAGCGACCCCCAGCAUCGGGACGAGACCAUCUUCAAGGUCAUCGAGUACUCGAUCGACAUAUUCAACAUCUGCCAGGGCAUCCUCAUCUUCUUCAUCACAAUGGUGACCAAGGAGACGGCGCGAACUCUCAGCAAGACGUUCAGCGAGACGAUCAUGCGCGCGCGCGGUUCGCUUACCAACUCCAAAAAACAGUACGCUCCUGAUCCGAGCACGAUCAGGGACGAUGCGUGCAGUUCUAAAGAGCGGAUGCCUCGUCAUGCCGUUUACGUACGAUGGAAACCAGCAGCGAUUAAAUUGAUCCUGAUUAAAAAAACUAUACAGGAAUUCGUGAAGAAACCUACUCUUCCAAAAUGAAAGUCUUCUAUUCUAACAUCUCUGGAAUCAAAAGUUAUACGGUCAGUUGUACAAAACUCCAGUCAAUUUAACCGCCGUACAAUGACGUCACUGCAUUUAUUUAUUAGGUUAGCACAAACAAUACAACGAUCGGAGAAGAAAAAACAGACUAUUGCCGAAAACUUCUUCAAUUUCCUAAUUUAGUUUCAAAUUGUUCACAUAUUAUGCAUAGGUUAUGGCCAUUUCAUUGUCGAUAAUUGGUCCUUGUUGCAGUGGUGGAAUGACAUAAUUUAACAGCAGUUGAAUUUGAUUGGAUUUCUGAGCAACUGAUCAUCGGAGUUUGAUAGUAAAUUUUCUAGGCAAUAUAUGUAACUUAUUAAGAGGUUGAUUCAAGUGUAUAGUGAAAUUAUAGUGGAAUCAAAUGUUAUUUUUGUGCGAUUAUUUCAUACUGUAAACAUUGGUGGAAUGGGAAACAUAUUGUGUUUAUAUAAUAAAAUAAUUAAUCUAUAGUGAGGUCCACGUUAUAAUGGCAGUGUUUGAUUAGCAAUGGUAUCCUUGUCUAUCAAUCAACAAAGCGGAUAGCGCUAUCUCUUUCUCGCUUUGCUCUGUUGCCAGAUUGUCUCUUAACAAUGUAGAAUUAAUAAUUAACUAACAAAAUAUUUCAUCUUAAUUAUGUAAAUUCAUUAUGAAAUUAUUGAAAAAUAUAAUUUCUUGCUUAUAAAAAUAAUUCAUUAUUUUAGACGAGAAUGAACAGUUAAUAUUACAUCAAUAAACCUAAAACACUUAUUGAAAUGGGCUGCUUUUAAAUUGAUAAAACAAAAUAAAACAAAAGUUUUAUUUUGUUUUAUUAAUCAAUAAACCUGUAUCAGCUACCGUCUAUAAAAGGCAUUGACAAGAUAAACUUAAAACUUAAAAGUCUAUAAACUUGAGUGUUGAUAGGAAAUGACAUUGGGUAAUACGGCAAGGCAGAACAUCCGAAAGUAUCUCUCUGCCGAUAAAAGUCAUAAGAAUAAAUAAAAUAAAUAAAUUUACAUAUAUAAUUGAUUAUUUUAAACGAGAAUGAACAGUUAUAUUACAUCAAUAAACCUAUAUCAGCUACCGUAUAUAGAAAUAAAUAUUUAUUGCCAAAAUCAUUAAACAAACUUUACAAAUGUGAAAAAUAUAAAAAUUUUCAUAUACAAUACAUUACAAAAACUUAAAAUUAAAAUAUUUUCCAUUUAAAAAUCGAUUAUAAUAUUAUCAUUGGCGUUACCAGCAAAACUAAGUAGUUUGAGCGAUGGCAACGAGUAAUCAGUCGGCUAUAAUUAGUGGCUUGAGAUUCAGUCGAAAAUAGAAAAAAUAUAAUAAAGAAAAAGAAACAAA